ACCGCCACCGCCACCCCCGCCAUCCAGCUGCUCUUUGUCUGUCGCCACCCCUCGUUAACUUCACCGUAGUUCGAAUCCCUGAAUCUCCUUUCUCGGAUGAUUUCCUAAAGAUGAUUGUUCUUGCCAUCUCUGGCGAGCAUUUUCUUUUUCCUUCCUCUCUUUCUUCUUCGCUUUAGCUCGACCAGAGCCUGGGAGACAGAUGAGGAUCUCCCCUCGAGCCUUGACGUAUUUACUGCGAGCUGCUUGAUAAGUUUCCUAUUAUCGAAGCUGGCGGAGCUCCGAUCUAGUUCUCCGCAGAGGCAUUCGAUACCCUAGUUGUCGUGUGCCGUGAUUUGCUACAUUUUUGAAAUGCUGGAGGAUUAAGUCCAUAUUUGGCUCUGCAAGCUUUGGAAUAUUACGUUAUUUCGCUUUAUUUUCUUGGAUGUAACAUUUGUUGGAGUUAGCGUUCAUGGUAUGAAGAACUUCAACUGUUUUCGGCGGAGUUGGAGCGUCAGUCUUUGCCGCAUUCCUGAGAGGAGGCUCUCUCUCCGGGAAUACCGAAAGGCACCAUCUUGGUCCAAGUACUUGGAGUCCUUUGGCGGGGAGAUAAAGGGCGGGGGAGAGGAUGAAUGGAGCGCCGACAUGUCGCAACUUCUUAUUGGGAACAAAUUUGCGGCGGGGCGACACAGCAGGGUUUACCAUGGGAUAUACAAGCAAAGAGAGGUGGCCGUCAAGCUGAUCAGCCAACCGGAGGAGGACAAAACCUUGGCUGCUGCACUUGAGCAACAGUUCAACUUGGAGGUCGCAUUGCUGUUUCGACUCCGGCAUCCUAAUAUAAUAACGUUUGUUGCAGCAUGCAAGAAACCUCCAGUUUUCUGUAUCAUCACAGAGUACAUGGCUGGUGGUUCACUUAGAAAAUUUCUCCACAAGCAGACACCCUACUCUCUUCCUCUAAAGCUUGUUUUAAAGUUAGCUCUUGAGAUUGCACGAGGAAUGGAUUACCUUCAUUCUCAAGGAAUACUUCAUAGAGAUCUCAAGUCAGAAAAUAUACUACUGGGGCAAGACUUAUCCGUUAUGGUUGCAGAUUUUGGUAUCUCCUGCCAAGAGUUUCAAUGUGGCAGUGGCAAGGGCUUUACAAGCACUUACAGGUGGAUGGCACCAGAAAUGAUCAAGGAAAAACAUCACACAAGGAAGGUUGAUGUUUAUAGUUUUGGCAUUGUCCUUUGGGAGUUAAUGACGGCAUUAAUCCCAUUCCAUGACAUGAAUCCUGAACAAGCCGCUUUUGCCGUUGCAGAAAAGAAUAUCAGGCCGCCUCUGCCCCCCUGUUGUCCCAUGGCGUUGAAACAUCUCAUAAAACAAUGCUGGGACACCAAUCCUAAUAAAAGGCCGCACUUUGAAGAGAUCGUCCCAACACUUGAAAUGUACAGAGAGUCUUUUGAGGAGGACCCGUCCUUCUUCCUAUUUUACAAGCCAAGCCAGCAGCAGCAACCUCGAUGGUGUUUUCCCAGGUCGAUUGCUACUCGCAGGUCUCCAUCUUUAAAAGCUUAGCUUGCUUUCUUCAAGCAUUUGCGUUGUGAUUUGUAGUGUAUAAUUCUUGAAGCAUCUAUUUUCUUGUAUUGGCGGCCUCACCUAAAAGUGUAGAAGGCUUUGCUUCAGUUAUAUCGGUUAUUUCACUGUUGACAUAAUUUUUAGACCUAGUUUUUAUAUUUUAGUGAGAUUGCAGCUAAAUUUGUGAAUAUUUAUGUUUUAUUUGGGAUAAUUUCCUCAUUGUUUUUUUAAAAAAAUUCUUAUACUAAAUAUUUAGGGAUUUGAGUUGCUCAAGUCUCAACAACAUAAUUUUUUAUAUUUAUAUAAAAAAUUUGGUCUCUAUUGAGCUUAAUUACACUUGAUUUAACAACAGAGCUGACAAUUUUAUCUAUUAAAAGCUUGAUAUAGUUUUGGCUAAUGAAGCCUGGCUUGAUAUUUUCCACUAUCCCACUAUAAGAUUGAAGCCUAUGCCACCACCAUCUCAACCCAAACAUAGAAAACUCAGUGAUUCACUUAAACUAAAAAUUACUAAAAUAGCACUAUUACCUUAAAAUUC